AUGCACACACGCGUCCUUCUCCUUCGCACCCCACCUGAAGAUGGCAGCCCAGACAAGUACGCAGACGCAUGCGCCGCCCAUGGCUUCCACGCACUCUCGGUCCCAGCCCUCCAGACGGUUCCCACCAACGCCGCGCAGCUCGCUACCACCAUGCGCCCCGGGCCAAGACCCAUCUCCUCCGCCGGGGACGAAACGGGCUUCUUAGGGGUGAUUGUGACGAGCGGUCGGGCAUGCGAGGCAUGGCGCGCCGCCGUGCAGCAGCUCGCGGAGGAGGACGAAGAGGGCCGUCGAGACUCCGUCGCAGGGUGGUCGGAAGUGCCCUUCUACGCCGUCAGCGCGACGACCAGCGCGUCGCUGCUGGGCAUCCGCGCCGCGUACCCCGACUCGCCGCACGCGCCGCGCGAUGUGCGCCGCGGCGCCGGGGCAGGCACGAGCGAGAAGCUCGCGCGGUUUAUUGUCGACGACCCCACUCGCCGCUCGGACUCCCCGAAGACGCAGAGGCUUCUGUACCUCACGGGGGAUAAGCAUCGGGACACGCUCCCCGAUAUCUUGGAGGAGGCGGGGAUCGGCCUGGAGAGCUUGCAGGUGUAUGCGACGCAAGGGUCGCAAACGUUCGAAGCGGACCUGAGAGCGGCGCUGGCUGGGAUGGGCGACUGGACAGACGACAUUUGGUGGCUGGUGCAUUUCGCGCCCAGCUCCGCGCGACAUGUUUCGCCAACCUUGAACAAGUUCUUCGAGGUCGGGAAGUAUGUGGACACAACGAAGCAACACAGCCGUACGGCAGUCAUCGGUCCUACGACAGCGACAUGUCUGAGAGAAGAACUCGGCAUCCGGGUAGACGUCGUCGCGGCGAAGCCCACGGCCGACGCUCUCAUCGAAGGCAUAGCAACUUGGCACGAAGAAACCGAUUUCUAG